GUCCAGUCGAUCCAGCACAGCCGUCGUCGCCAGUCUAUGUCUAAAAACUAGUUUUUGUAGCAGGAUUUAGUUAGUAGUUAUCUAAUUACUAGGAUACUAAACAGGAUGCCGCGGGUGGUGAGAGGUCUGCCCAUUGGGGACGGUUAUCCUUGCUUUAUCAUCGCAGAAAUUGGUCAGAAUCAUCAAGGCGAUGCAAACCUGGCAAAAGAGUUGAUACUCAAGGCGAAGGAGUGUGGGGCCAACUGCGUCAAGCUGCAAAAGUCCUCCCUGCCCGAUAAGUUCACCAAGGCGGCCUUGGAGAGAGAGUAUGUUUCUGAAAAUUCGUUCGGGCGGACGUACGGAGAGCAUAAGGAGCACUUGGAGUUAUCUGGGGAGGAGUAUCGAGACUUGCAGAGGUAUGCGAACCAGUUGGGCGUCAUGUUUUCGGCGUCCGCGAUGGAUAAGGUAUCGGCCGAUCUUCUUAUCGAGUUGGACGUUCCAUUUAUAAAAAUAGGGUCCGGUGACACCAACAAUUAUCAAAUGUUGGAGCAUAUCGCGAAGAGUGGGAAGCCUAUCAUUCUUUCGACAGGGAUGCAAGAAUUUGACACGGUUAAAACCGCAGUGUCUAUAAUUACGAAACACCAUCCGGACAAUUUGGUCCUCCUCCAUUGCGUAUCUGCAUAUCCGACACCACUCCAAGAUGUCAAUUUAUCUCUGAUAAACCUUUAUAAGGACACGUUUUCCUCUGUGCCGAUCGGAUACUCGGGGCACGAGCUGGGAAUUGCAGUGUCAAUAGGGGCUGUCGCGUUGGGGGCUAAAGUAAUUGAACGUCACUUUACGCUGGAUAAAACGCUGAAAGGUACGGAUCACAGGUGCUCAUUGGAUCCUGACGAAUUUUUGGCCAUGGUGGAAGGAAUACGACAAGUGGAAACUGCUUUAAUCGGUGAACCUCACAAGACAAUUUUGGCUUCAGAAUUACCGUGCAAUGACAAAUUGGGGAAGUCUCUCGUCGCCGUAGACACCAUACGGGAAGGAGAUCUACUUGAUAUAGAUAAUAUAGUUGUCAAAGUAUCAUACCCCAAAGGAUUACAACCAGAGCGUUUGUUUUACAUUCUUGGAAAAAUGGUAAAUAAAACUAUUGAAGCGGACACUCCCAUAAAACCGGAAUACAUAAUAAAUUUAGACCUUUAAAAUUGUAUGAUAGAAUAAUAUUCAUUACUUAAUAGAAAUCGGAUACGUUA